AUGGAGACAUUAUGGACACCAUUGAAUAUCAUCUUGUUGGUCACCCGUGGAAUGGGAACUCUGCACCGCAAGGAAUGCUUGGACUAUCAAAUGAAUGACUGCAAUUUCAUGCAAAUGAUCAGAAUGAGCAAGUCGCUGUGCAAGAAGUACAACAAGGCGGUCAGGGGGACCGCUGACAGUAAACUGGUGUUUGGAAAGCUUGAUGAGACAGCUGAUCCUGUGAAAGUUUGGGAAUGGGAAGCCCAAGAGAGAGCGGCACACCAGCGGUGCCGCUGUGAUCCAACAGCAAUGGAUAUUUAUGAAGUACAACUACAGAAAGUGCCGAUGAGAAAGCAGCAGGAAAUACAAUUAUUAGCAGAACAAGAGCAGCGUCCAGGUCCUAUCCAGCAACGAGGUGCUGCGACAUGGCUGGCAGAGGGAUUGACAAUUGAGGAGGCACAGGUCACAUUACAAAUGGCUAUUAGAAGACUCAGUGCUCAGCUGACAGACACACAGGAUAUAGACCAUUGGAGACAAGCUGGACUUUUGUUUUUCGGCAAUAGCAUCAGCAAUGCGCCCGGAGAUGGUCAAGAAUGUAGCAUGGAAGUGGACCUCAUCAUGCUUGAAGAAGAAUCAGAUGCCAGAAUAGAAAAUCAGCCAAACUCCUAUCACCCAGAGAAGACAGUCAUUCUCCUGCCGUCUAACUUAGGCCUGGAUACAUGUACAGCCAUCGGCAUCGAUGAUUUGGUCAAAGAUACUAGACAAGAGAUACGAGCACGAGGUGUCAAAGAAUAG